AUGGCGGGAUCAUACGGCACUCAUCCCAUCGACGUCGCCGAAGUGCGUCGCAAAUAUCUGGACCGAGCAGAAGCAAGACCAGACACGUUUGUCCGCUACGAAUACCGCUCCCAUCUACUCAAUCAAGCACGACAAGCAAUCGCCGACUAUGUCCAUGCUCCUCUCGACACCUGCGUCCUGAUCCCAAACGCUACUACCGGCAUCGACACUGUCUUGCGUAACCUGAACUUCGCCAUAGAAGAUGCCGUCAUCUGUUUCUCUACAACCUAUCCAGCCUUCUUGAACACUCUGAACUAUCUCAACGAAAGAAGCAACCUUGACUUCUGGAUCAUACAGCAUCCUCUACCCGUCACGGAUCAUGAUGUCUGCAGCUCCUUCGAACAAAUCCUGGAACAGGUCCGGAAGGCACACCAGAAACCCAAGCUUGCCAUUUUCGACACCAUUUCCUCUCAACCAGGCAUUCGUUGGCCAUUCGAACGUUUGACCGACAUAUGCCGCAAGGAAGGGAUCCUCUCUUGUAUCGAUGGAGCCCACGGUGUCGGUCAAAUCCCUCUCGACCUCCCCAAACUCGAUCCUGACUUCUUUGUCAGCAACUGCCACAAAUGGCUGCAUACCCCUCGAGGCUGCGCUCUACUUUACGUCCCGGUCCGCAAUCAACAUCUGAUCCGCAGCACCCUUCCCACCGGUUUCGCCUUUGUCAAGAAGGGGUCCUCGGACAAAACAAACAACUUCGUCGCCAACUUUGCAGCCGUGGCGACAAGUGAUGACACACCAUACCUCUGCAUUCCUGCUGCUCUUGCCUGGCGCAAACGUUUGACUUUCAACGGGCAGACUGGAGAAGACGCAAUCAUGACCUACAACAAAGAUCUGGCGAGAAGAGGUGGAAAGCUGGUUGCAAAUAUCUUGGGCACAGAAGUCAUGGACAACGCUCAAGGCACGCUUGGAGAUUGCGCAAUGGUCAAUGUAAGACUACCCAUCGACUUGGAAAACGUCACAAAAGAAAAGCCCAAUCAUGGAGAGGAUAUCGCCAGCUGUAUCAACAAGACCAUGAACCUGCAGUUCAACAUCGCCGUCAAUGCUUUCGUCUACGCGGAUGAGCUAUGGGUGAGAUUGAGCGCACAGGUCUACCUGGAGAUGAAGCAUUUCGAGGCUGCCGGAAAUGCUCUCAAGAGAGUCUGCUGUCGAGUCAGACUCGAAGAGUGGAAUGAAGAAGCGUCGAUGCAAGUCGCAGGUGGCAUUGAGGACAAGAUAGGCUCCACCACAGAGAAAUUGCAUCCGGGUUGGGCUUUGCCGUUUCAACGAGAGUAG